AUGGCUACCACCUUCCCAGGCUUCCCCACGCUCCCCUGGGAGCUGCGCGACGAGAUCUGGAAGAACUGUCUUCCAAGUCAAACCCCUGCACUUGGCGGAGAAUUGGCUGCACGCAUCCUGAGCUUCAAACAUCAGGACAAAUUCUGGAGAGGAUCAUCAAGACCACAACGACUACCAAAGAGACAUAUCCCCCUUACCUGGAGACCCUCACCAAGAGCACAACCACAAAAGAAGGCAGUUCAUGAGCUCCAACAAGAAACAGCCACUCCAUACCAGCGCCUCGCUGCUUGCAUCAAAUCUCAGAUACUCGUCCUCAAGCAAGUGAAAAAAGAGCUCGAGAACGAUCCUCAACUCGCGAAAUGGCUCAAGAACCCUCCGUUCCCGUUCCGACCGAAACUUGAGCUCGAUACAGCUACGGGUUCCCUCAUCUAUACAUGUCCCCAGAUCGUCGAAAACUACCACUUGGAGAAGCUGGUCUUUAGGGACACCUCGGCACCAUUACCAAGCCCAUCUACUCGACCAAUACAGUCUGAUUCUACACCAACCACAAACCCAGCUUUGACUUUGACGACUCUUGCAACUACACCGACGAGCACGCCACGACCAUUGACCGAAGAGGAAGACGAAGAAGAAGAAGCUGACUGGAAUCCGGACAACCCAAUCUACUUCGCCGAGAAAGACAACGACGCAAUAUGGUCCGAUAAUGAGGAGGAACCACCACACAAGCGCCAGAAGCACAGCUAG